UCUGAGUUUCCGUGUCAUUGCGUUUCACAAUUUCUCUGUUCUGGAUCUAACUCCGUCAACACGAUGACUACUUAUCUUCUGAGUCUGGUUUUGCUCUCAGCACUGAGUGCGUGUCUGACAGUGGCCAGGACAAUCAGUGAGGACAGACAUGUGAUUAAAGUCUCCUCGGGGUCGGACGCCACUCUUCCCUGCAGGGCGACACACAAGCCCGAGGUCCAGUACGUCGCAGUCAGCUGGUACAAGCACAGAGGGAUCCCGUCACUUAAACGCCACGGCCUUGUGAGGAGAGACCUCCCUGAUGGCGCAGCAAUGCCAUACUUAGGUGUAAGCAGGGAGGUGGUGCUGCUGGACGAAUCCCGUGAAAUCCUCCUUCCCAACGUGACGUGCAACGACAGCGGCCUGUACCUGUGUGACCUGGCUGCACCUGUGGGAGAGCAGAACCAGGAGGGGAGGGUUCAUCUUAUCCUGACAGAUUGUCCUAUUCAAGUCACAUCUUUUCCAGUGGACUCUGAAGAUUUUGAUUUUCGCCCCACUGAAAAUCAGAUGAGGGAUAACUUGGUUUUAUUUGCCUCAGCAAUGCUGAUGGUAGCAUUUUUCAUGUCCCUGAUUGGCUAUUGCUGUGUGAAGAAUACUUUCAGAGACAGGAGCCAGAAGACCCCAAUAAAGGAAAUCUUACUUGAUGCCCCAGUCAAACCACUUGAAAAGAAGGAUCUACAGUUGAUCUACACUUUGGGACCAAAAACAUCGACUUUGAAGCAUGUCUUUAUUUGAACACAAACUCAUGAGGACGACAGAGAAAGGCAUCUUCCUCCAGAAGACAGUCACUACAGACUUGACACAAGAUGAAUGGAUCUGAAGAGUGCGGUUUAGGAGGGCAGCCGGGUCCUGCAGGCAGAUCACUUCUUGAUACCUUCUGCCCACAUGAAGGUUCUUCUGGCAAGCUCAUCAGCUUCAUGUGCAACAGCUUGCUGCCAAAGCUAUGUGUUACAGUGAUUGUAUGAAGAAAAGUUGUAAGGAGCUAUACAAACACUGGAUGC